AUGGGGGAGAGGUUGCAAAGCCAAAAAAGCUACGUUUGCUCUUUUUUUGAUUGUAAAGCUAAGUUUAGUAAGUCAUGGAAGCUAGAGGCUCAUCUUUGCAAACACACAGGAUUGAAACCAUUCUCUUGCGAAAAGUGUGACAAGAGCUUUGCCACUCGCUAUCAGCUCACCAGACAUGAGCUCAGUCACAGUGGGGAAAAACCUCACAAGUGUACGACUGAAGGAUGCUCCGAAGCCUUUGUCACCAAAGCCAGCAUGAAGAACCACAUGGCUCGAGUUCACCAGCACCAGGAGAAGCAAUAUCGAUGUGAUCAUAAGGGUUGCAAAAAGGACUUUAAUAAGCGGUACCAGCUGAACGCCCAUAAGGGUGAGCACCAACAGAUUCUGCCAUUUCAUUGUACUUUCAAAGGCUGUACAAGAGAAUUUCCCUCUCGUGGAAAACUGAAGCACCAUGAGAAAGUGCAUGCAGGUUACCCUUGUGACGAUGAAGCAUGCCCUUUCCUGGGCAAGACGUGGACAGAAUAUCAGAAGCACAGAAAGGAGCAUAAAGUCAAGCUGCUGUGUGGAGAGUGCAAAAAGCAGUUUAACAACGCAUGGUUCUUACGCCAGCAUUCGCUGAACGUCCACUCUGGGGAGAGGAAGAUGUUGCUGUGCCCCAGACAAGGGUGUGGCAAAAAGUUUACUCGUCGCUUCAACUUGGAGAGUCACGUACUGGGAGACCAUGAGGGCAAGAAACCCUUCAGCUGUGUAUAUGCUGGCUGUGGGAAGAGCUUUGCCAUGAAGGAAAGUCUGUGGCGGCAUGGAGUGGUGCAUGACCCAGGAAAGAAAAAGCUGAAGAAGCUGCAUCCUAAAAAGAAUCUGCCCUGGCGUAUUGCACUGCAGGUCAAACUGGCAGCUGCAGCCAAUGAAGCAGAGACCCACAAGCUUGCUGCAAAGCUGCGCAACACGCGUUUAGAGGAUACCAAAUCUUGA